GCGGGUGCUAGUGACCAUUUUACAGACCAUCCGUGACGUUGACAUUGUGAAACACAACUUCUGCAACCUGGAAAGAUCCUUAAAAUUGAUUUCUAAGCAUUAGUAUUUAUUUAAUGAUUGUGGAACUUCUUUGUCAUUUUUCUAUCAGCAAGCAUUGAAUAUUUAUACAACCUUCAAUGGAUGUUACGAGAAAAAUGGCGAUAGUCCCAAAUAAGCUCGGACCAGUCGCUUUUAACGCUCGGCGGAUUUAUCGUUAAUAGAUCUUGUCUAAAAUGAUGAACGUUCGGAAUCGAGCACGUUGUCGCAAUAUAGAGGGUAAUCAAAAUGCUAAAAGAAACCAAAGGUAUUAAACCUUUGCAGAUUCACCUGUCCGAAUCGAGCCUCUCAUUGUGAUCACUUGACACGCAUCGCGGAGCAACCGACAACUCAAUUUGCUCCAUCAAGUUCACGACGAUCGCGAACAGUGAAAUUAGCCGGGCACUUUGCAUUCGUGGCAGGUUUCGUUGAUUCCGCGAAUUAGCAUAACCAGUUCGCUGAAAGACGUGCGACCGAGGAAAACGAGAAAAACAUGACUGCAAGCGAGUGCAGCAUUGUAUCACCGAUCGUUACAUUGAUGCUUAACGCGACGAUCAGCACCGAGGUCGCUUAUGACAACUUGGUCGCGAAAACGAUAAAGAUUUUUCGCACCUGUACAGUGUUCGAUGUAAACGACGCUCUUCUGUUCGCCGGGGAGUACGGCGAAUUUUUACGCAGACCAGAAUUAGAGGAUCUACCGAUCGCUCUGAUCGCAGAAUCGGGGUUCUCGGCGUUCGAUCUGUUCACACUGAGCAGACACUCGUUCGCCGCGUUCAAACAGUUCUCGUUUCUGCAUUUGUUCUGGAAGCUGAACCAGUUCCUCGUGGUCGCCUCCACGCAGCCAUCGCUGAGGUUGCUCCUGCAAAGAAUAAAGGACUCGACCUGGUCCAAUUCGAACGGACACCAUAUUCUGAUAGACAGAAGGACGGAGGCGCGCGGUUGCGUGAACGCUUACCGAUUCCUCUGGACAGCCUGGGAAUACGAUCUUGUGUCCACGAUCUUCUUGUGCACAGAUCCACUCGACGGAUUGGCCAUUUAUACUUACAAUCCUUAUUCCAGCAAGGUUCCUGACGGAUGGGAAAAUGCUGGGCUGUUCAGCGGGCGCAGUGGACAUCCUUGGAUGCUUUUCAAGAAGAAAUACCGCGAUGGUCCGAAGAUGUGCGAAGGUCUGUGGUUCGACAAAACGGCCGACCUAAACGGGUACGAGGUCAGGGUGAACGCGAUCGAGUUUAAGCCCCACCUAAUCGUAGAUCCUGAUAAACCAGGCCUGGACAGAUUCACCGGCGACAACAGCGAGAUAGUGAAGAUAGUGUUCGACAAGCUGAACGCGACCUUGAACGUGGACCUGCAUAAUGGCACCGCUUACGAACUCGGCGGUGUCGGGUCUCAUGGGAACAUGGUGGGAAUGCUGGCGGACGUUGCCAACGGCGUGGUUGACAUGGGCAUGAACGUGAGAAGCUUGCACGCGACAUGGAAAAUUUGGCACACCUACCCCCAUGGAGAGGACGGUCUCUGCGUGAUCACGCAGCGAUCGGGCGAAAUUGCCGAGUACAUCAAGAUCCUGUCAUUCAUGUCUCCGCCAGUGAUAGCAGCAAACUUCGUUGUCUUUCUAAUCGCGCUAUUGGCACUCGCUAAAUACCAAGGCGUUCAAUCAGCCGGUUUGAACAUAAUCCGUCUAGUGACUUACGUGUCCAUACGCCGAAUGCCGCAGUGCUUCGCUUACAGGAUCUUCUUCAGCAAUCUGUUCCUGCUGAUUCUUAUCAUUAACGCCUUGCUGCAGAGCCAUUGGGCUUCGUUGGUCACCGUGCCUGUCUCCCGGCCCAACAUCAGAACCGCGGAGGACCUCAAGGCGUCAAACUACAGGAUCUACGGAUCGAAAUAUUUCACCGAGUACUUAUACGAUCCAGUACUGCGAUCUCGUUUCCACGGUGUCGACUAUGACCAGGAAUGCAAGCAGCAUGUCCUCCGAUCGAGGAAGAGCGCCUGCCUGGACGACUGUCAUCACGUGUACCUGAGAAGCAUGGAGGAGAAUUUGCAUCCAUCCAGGAGGAUACAGCAGAACGUGCAGGUGUACGCAACCAGGGAGAAUUGGCCGUUGUUCAACCGCGUGUCGGAUCUGAUACGAGGAACCGUCGAGGCAGGCCUGGUCAAGAUGUGGAGGAAGAUGAACACGAGGAAAUUGUUCCUCAAGUGGAAACGGAAGCGGUUGAACGAUAAGAGGCAGUUCAGGACGUUGAAGCUGAAGCACAUCACGUUCAGCUUCUCCAUACUCGCGAUUGGGUACUCUAUCGCCGCUGCAGUUUUCGUUGCCGAGAUCGUUAUCGGUCGAUAUCGGAGCUGCAGACAGUGCUGGAACUCGAUACGAAUAAGACUCGGUCGUCGUGCUCUUACCAAACAUUCGCAGCGCCGCCAGAAGUGCUGAUUUAGUACAUUUUUGCACAAACUUGACUAGACUUAAUUUUAACAAACAUUGCAUUUAAUUAAUUUUAAUUCUAAUAAUUAAUAGAAAUUAUA